UCCUUCCGCACCCCCAGCCGGCUCAGUUCGGGGAAGCUGCAAGAGUUCGGCGUGGGGGAUGGCAGCAAGCUGACGCUGGUGCCCACGGUGGAGGCUGGCCUCAUGUCCCAGGCCUCACGGCCGGAACAGUCGGUGAUGCAGGCCCUGGAGAGCUUGACCGAGACUCAGGUCAGUGACUUCCUGUCUGGCCGCUCGCCGCUGACCCUGGCGCUGCGCGUAGGUGACCACAUGAUGUUCGUCCAGCUGCAGCUCGCCGCCCAGCACGCCCCUCUGCAGCAUCGGCAUGUGCUGGCUGCAGCUGCAGCCGCUGCAGCCCGUGGAGACCCCAGCACAACCACCCCCGUGACCUCACCUUGCCGGCCCGUGUCCAGUGCUGCCCGCGUCCCCCCAGUGCCCAGCAGCCCUGCCCCUGCGUCCCCCUCACCAGUCACAGCUGGCUCCUUUCGAUCCCACGCAACCUCUACCACCUGUCCCAAGCAGAUGGACUGUUCCCCGCCGGCCAGCAGCAGUGCCAGCACCACAUCCACCCCUGGGGGCAGCCCCGCCCCCCGCCCCCGCAAACCUGGCGCUGUCAUCGAAAGCUUCGUGAACCACGCCCCCGGGGUCUUCUCAGGGACCUUCUCUGGCACGCUGCACCCCAAUUGUCAGGACAGCAGCGGGCGGCCGCGGCGUGACAUCGGCACCAUCCUGCAGAUCCUCAAUGACCUCCUGAGCGCCACACGGCACUACCAGGGUAUGCCCCCAUCGCUGACCCAGCUGCGCUGCCACGCCCAGUGCACGCCCGCGGCCGCACCGGCCCCCGACCUCGCCCCCAAGUCUACCUCCUGCGAGAAGCUGCCCGCUGCGCCCCCGGCCUCACUGCUGCAGGGCCAGAGCCAGAUCCGUAUGUGCAAACCGCCGGGCGCGUGCGCACCUGGUGACAGGCUGCGGCAGACGGAGAACCGUGCCACACGCUGCAAGGUGGAGCGCCUGCAGCUUCUACUCCAGCAGAAACGGCUCCGCCGGAAGGCCCGGCGCGAUGCCCGGGGCCCCUACCACUGGCCGCCCAGCCGCAAGGCCGGCCGCAGCGACAGCAGUGGGGGCGGCGGCGGCGGCGGCUCCAGUGAGGCCGCUGGCCUGGGUCUCGACUUUGAGGACUCCGUCUGGAAGCCAGAAGUGAACCCCGACAUCAAGUCCGAGUUCGUGGUGGCUUAGGAAAUGGCACCCUCUCCCCUUGCGCCCCGGUGGCUAGGACGCUGGGAGGAGCCGCCGCCGGCGGUGCAGAGCCAGAACCGCAGGCAGCGCACGGAGAGCCCUCCCUCCCCGCGGUCCACGCUCACAGCCACCUUCUCUUCCUUUUUUAUGAUUCUCAC